ACCGUCACCUUGCCGCUGUUGAGAGGCGUGUGACCAUAAAACGACCAAUGCGUCAAAUCGAAACCGAAAGUUUAGACAGCCUGUCAGUAGUGUAAACUUUAAAUCAGAUUCACUCUAACCUUCCACACUGUAACAACCUGAAGCAUUUGUGCGGAAUUCAAAGAUGACCUUAUCUACCACCUUCCUGUUUUUUGCGAUCCAUUUAGCCUGUAUCAGAGCUGGAAAUUCCUCUGAGAAAUUUAUCAAACUGGAGUGUAAUGAAGAAUACCAUGGGAUUUAUGGUCAGCAGUCAUUGCUGCAGUGUAAUGUCAAAGCUGUUGAGAACGUGACCAUCGUGAUUGUGACCUGGAAGAGGGUGGAAGCUGAUACUCUUUUGUUGGAAUACAAUCAAGAUGAAUUUCACCCAACCCCUGGAUUUAAAUUUGCUGAGCCAUCCUGGAACAAGGAUAAUAUGAAUGUGUCCUUGUUGUUGACAAAGACCAAGAUGGCCGACAAGGGGGUGUAUGAAUGCAUGGUGACCACAGACCGUGGUGAUGAUACAGCUACAACCAGCCUCAAUGUCACAGCUAAGUACAUCAUUCCAACCAUGAGCUCCAUCCCUGAGACCAACAUCAAAGAGAACACAGAUGUGACCAUUUUCUGCAACUCUACAGGCGGGCAACAGACAGGGUUGAUCUGGUGGUUUGACCAGGAUGGCUACAAUUGGACGCACAGGGCUGAACUGGUGGCCAAAGAGACUGACGAUGGACUGUUUAGCCUCUCCAGUAAAUUCACAGUGCAGAAGGCUACAUCCAGUUACUCAAACUACACGUGCAAAGUGCUCAAUAGCAAUGGUGCCGAGGAGGGGAUGGCAUCAUUUGUGAUCCAGUUAGCUCCGCAAGUCUCAGAAAUAAACGCUGACCAUAUGGAUUCUGAUUCCACCACCCACUGGCUCGCCCCGGUUGUAGUCAUAGGAUCUCUGGUCAUUGGACUCCUUGCUGCGCUGCUGAUAUUUAAGAGGCGCUCCGCCCAACGUUUUGUGUCAUUUUUGAGAGGAGCUCGAAGGCAGUCCACCUUUCCGUUAAUGAGUGACCACCAACCAGAUACCAGGCAUGAUGGAGAUGUUGAGGCAGAAGGUCUAAACAGUGACAGUCCACAGGACCAGCGUGACAGUCUCUAGUAAAUUAUUCGUUAACGGGCAGUCUCUGGAAGGGACUGUUUCCUUGACGAUCAAUAAGGGGCUUGUCACCAUCACUGUCUUUUGAUGGACUGUUUCCUGUUAAGUGUCCGAUGACAGUCACUUUGGCACUCAGGUCAUUCUGAUUGAGGCAUCUGUUUCUUCAUAAUCUACUGAUGAUGGCAGCCUUUAAGGUCUGUGGUUGAUUACAAAUGAUAUGUAACUGCCCUAUAUAUCAAUGUUUCUAUACAGGGUUGCCAUGGUGUCAUAAUGCUCUAGAUUCUACCACUGCAGAACAUUGGUAUGCUGUAAUACCAGGUAAUCUAAUCAAUGUACACACUGUACUACAAGGUGCAUGGUUUAACAUUCCACAUUUCCUAUACUGUAGAUUUUACCAUAGUGGUUGUUAUUACUAUACUGUAACACCAGACCAUCAAAUCACUAUAACUUAACACAUGGUUCUAUACUAAGGUUGUGCGAACAUUCGAUUUGAACACAGCACUUUUCUGAAAACAUGUAGUAAAACUGGUUUCCCUUCUGAAAGAGGGUUUCGCAAGACUGUACAACAACCACUCUUAUAACCAAAAGCCAGGCUGUUGCUCCAACCACAGAGGAUUUGUUUGUGGACUUUCUCUUACUCCUUCCUUCUUGUCUUGCGCCAUCUGCUGGUGGAAAAUUCAGGUCUAUAUUUAUAUAGAUACUAGCCCUUAAACACUGUGGUUGAUGACUUUAACAGUCUAUGUUUAAAAGCCUAACAUGAUUGGUUCUGUACAGCAGGGUUCCCCAACUGGCGGUCCUCGGGCCAAAUUGGUUUUAACCCCCCCAUAUAGAAAUGUAAUCAAGGUUUGAAAUGAUUCUGUUCCAGUCAAACAUGAGGAGGUGACUGACAAUGUUGCUGUGUUGUUUGUUUAUGCGUGUACAAAGCACUUUUCCAAAAAAUAUGAAGUAAACUGGUUUGGCCUCUGAAAAGACGGUUCUGGUAGAUACUCUACUUUGAUUCUGCUCCAAUGUGUACGUGAAGAAAUGCUAGGCUAAAUAUAAAUAGUACAUCACUUUUGACUAGAAGAAAUUAGGGAGCCAUUUUGAAUUCAACCUUUGACUUGACUUUGUGUCACCUCUGGAACGUAUUGUAACAUUAACCCAACCUUGUUACCAACAGCCAGCCUGUUGCUUCAACAGUUCUGCCGCAGCAGUUUCUUUUGAUUUGUACUUCCUUUUUUUCACCUGGUGGUUGAUUAGGAAAAAUGUGGAAAAACAUUUAGAAAACGUUUUGUGGGGCAGCAAUUGUCUUCUAUUUACAUAAUGAUUGUUUUAGUUCCCAUGAUGUUUUACUGCUGUCAUGUGGCUGUUGAUGGCAUUGCAAAUGGACUUGAGAAAUCUGUUGUCGUAUUGUGGCAACUUGAGGUGAACGCUGUCCACAACAAGACUACACCUCCCACAAUUCCUUCCAACUCCUCGACAGUGUCCGUCCCUUCUUACUUAAGUGGACACUUGGCAGUUGUCACUGUAGAUACAGAUAUGAUGAACCUAUUUCUAUGCCAGUCAGCAUGGACCUAGUCAGGGCUCUUCCACAGAAGGCUGGACUUUGAUCUAUUUGUGUUGUUGUUGAUUUUGGCUCUGAUCUACUAUUGGUGGCUUGAGAUGUUUGUGCGUCAAGUUAUGAUUAUUUCCCAAUUCAAACAAAAAACAAGACAUGUUAUUUCGUAGUGUAAGAGGUCAAGAUGAGAGGAAUCCUGUCUAUAUAUGAAGUGAUUAUCAAGUGAUUUGUUAAUACGUUUUUUUUUUUUACCUGCUUGAGGCCUGCUCUGCAUCUAACCCCAUAUAACAGACUUUGUUAUUGCUACAUUUGGUAUGUUUUUAUAUGUGACUUUGUUUGUUAUGAAUAAAUCAUUGAGAUUAAAGGUUUUUUUACUUUGUCCAGAGAUAACAUGUAAAUAAUCUAUUGUAUAUUAUGUCCGGGUAUAUUUUGCACUGUAAAAUUCCUGUUCAGAUCCUGCACCUUGAUACUGUUCAUUAAAUAUAGGACAGUGAGAAAUGUGUCACACUGAACGUUUUGUAAAUACUUUCACUUGUUGUUUUUAAAUACUACCAUCUUUAAACAAAUAAAAAAACAUUAUUGAU